CAGUUCUAUUUCAUCUUCAGCGGGAGACAGUGAUCUUCUCACUCAGUUCAUCUUAAGAUUUAUAGCUCAAAUAAAUUAUCUUUUUUUUUGUACUUUUCUCUAAUACUCUACAGUGACAUAAAAAAAGAUGUUUAAAAUAACUCAUGUUGUUCUUAUUGUGUGUAUGGUCAUUUCACUGAGUGCAUCAGAACUUGUGAGAUUUCAUGAGUGCGAGGAAAAAUCUCCACAGGAUUGCACAAUUCACGCUGUGCGGAUAAAUCCCUGCCCUGAAGCUGAAAAUGACCAACCUUGCAAAGUUAAACGCGGUCGUUCAGCUACCAUUGAAUUUGACUAUUCAACAGCAUUUAGGGCUACAGAAUUGGACAGUAGAAUUUACUGGAGCAACGAAGGGGUGGAUCUGCCACUAAUUGGAGUGGACACAAAUGGCUGCAACAUUGUUUCAUGUCCGGUUGAGGCUAAUGUUAACAAUACCUACGCCUGGACCCUCAAUGUAUCCAAGAAGUUCCCCAUCAGGACAUUCGACAUUAAGAUGAAGAUUAAGAAUGAGGACGAUAACUUCUGUUGCUUCCUCACAAAGAUUCGCCUCACAAAGUAGUUUUCCUCGAAGCACGAUUCUCACAACAAGAAAAGCUCUCUACGACAGAUGCUAUAGUGCCAAGAAAUAAAAUGUUCUAAUGGUAAUUAAUUGAACUUUAUUUUCUUCUCUUGUCUCAAUUUUACGCAGAAAGCUCUUACAUUUACGGAGAUGAAAUAAAAAGUAAAAUAAAAGAAAUAAGAGUGGAAAAUUUAUCAUGACACGAGAAUGAGAUCUUAAAAUUAAGAUUAUUUAUUCUAAUUGGAGAUAACAUUUGAUUCUGGCAACAUCAAUAUAUUUGAUAUGUUUUCUAAAAUAUGCAUAUUUGGUCAGAAUGUGAUAAAUUCUGCAAUAACGACUAUUUGCUAUUUUAUUAACUUUCUUUUAAAUAUCUCUCUCUAUCUCUUUCUGUUUUCACACCAAAAAACUGGAAGACUUCUCAAUGAUUUAUACAAUCAUAAAAUUUUUCGAAUAAAUUAUCGGGUGUUCUCUGUGUAUUUGAUCAACAGAGAUGGACGUUUUAACCUAUGGUUAGUAUAGAGUAAAUAAAUAUUGCUGAAAUUGUUUUAUUUACUCAAAUACUACAUUUUAUUUUAAUUUAUUAGUGUUAAAUUGAAAAACCCGAGUACACCGAAUGUUGGCAUUAUUUCAAGUCAAUGCAGUUCAUUAAUUUUAUUGUUGACCGCAAAAAUUCACGAAAAUAAUAAUUUCCAAAUAUUCUCGUCCGAUGUUAUCAAAUAUUUAUUUAUAAACAGUUUGUGGGUUUGAUUAAAUUUUAAUUAAUUAUUUGACAACAUUUGAGAUGAAAAUUCCAAUUAAUGUUUUAAGAGUAAAAUGGGUAAAAUGCAUUGGCUGUCAAAAUCAGAAAACUUUUAGCAAAGACACAUACCAUUUACUUAAUAGAAUAUUAUAACUUUCUAGGACAACCGCGUCCACUAUUUUCUUAUUAAUGUUAGUUUUCUAUCUGAAAAAAAUCUGAGAAGUGAAUCAAGGAAGACAAUAAGGUUUAUGGUUUAUGGUGUGUGUCUCGGCUCACAAAUUGUUUAAGAAAAAUAGGGGAAAGUGACCAUGCUUGAUACUGUAAAAUGAUGUCCAAGGUUUGUGAUUUUUUUCUGAUUAACACACAAACCGAAGCGAUUCCUCCACUAUGACAAAAAAAUGUCUCACUUAUUAGGUUCAUAAUCCAGCCUCAGAAAGUUCCUGGAAAUCCUUAGAUUUUCCUCAAGAAGAAAAUGAAAAUUCAGUGGCGACUUUUAUACAAGUCGGGUAGGGGGCCUUCCUGUAUAAUAAUUGAUUCGACAAAUCGGAGGCCUAUUUUCACUGCAAAAAUUUCACUGGAUACAAAAAAUUGCACAUCAAUAUUUAGACGGAACUCUAAUCUAUCUGCUUAAACCGUUUGUACGACUGGUUAUUAGUUUUAAAAUCACUUUUAUGUAAUUUUUCUAAGCCAUGUUUUUAUGACAUUAGGGUGCUAGCGAAAACCAUUUUUUCACUUUGAGUCCAAGAAAAUGUCACUUUGCAACCUCAAAAUUCAGGCAACAGGGUUGAAGGUUAUGUCAAUUGUCGAUAAAAUUGGAGGAUUACAAUAGGUGUAAUUAUGAAAGAAUCACAUCUAAUGAUAGAGUUGCCACAAUUAAAUUAUCAUUCAUGGACCCUUUUUUAAAUAUAGGAUGGACACAGGUAGAAUUUAUGAAUUUGUCACCACCCACAAAAACAGUGUCCCCAAGUAAAAAUAUUUUUACGUAAAUAUUAAUACUGAUGAACCCUCUAUGUGCCUAUGAUAGUAGUUUUCCUGAACAGCGACAUUGAUUAAUAAAUACUAUAAUAAAUAAAAAAUAAUAAAUAAAUAAAAUAUCAUGUAUCAAAAUUACAGUUUUGGACCUAUUUUUGAUUUUUGCUUCGUGAAACUAGGAAAAAAGAGCUAGGAUCCUAAUUUUUUUUAGGAAAUGUGAGGCUUAGCACCAGCUAUUGAAAUAUAUUGCGAUAAGUCAUAACUAUUGAUUAACAUAGAAAAUAAAUAGUUAUUAUCAAGCUUGGAUCGUAUCAAGCAUGGUCACUUUCCCCUAAUUCAGCUUUUGACAAUGAUAUUGAGAUUUCGAUGCUCGAUCUACAGUAGAGUCUCCUAAAUUCGAACGAUCGGGGGGUAUUUUUGACAUUUCUCACCUCCCAAAUUCGAACGAUUUUUUCAAAUCUAACGAAAUUUAUGUGAGAUUAAAUUGUACUUUGAAUCAAAUUCCCGUAUUUUCUCACAAAUCUUAGUAGUAACAUACUUCCUUUUCAUUUUAUACGAUUAUAAUGUAUGUAAACAUUCAGGAAGAAGCAAAUUAAUAUGAUUUUCAUUCACCCAGAAUAUGAAUUUCUUAACAUAACCCCACAAUUGACAUUUUGAAUCCAAACGUCGUCGUUCGAAUUUGAGAGAUUCAGAUUUGAGAGACUCUACUGUAUUUUUACCCUAAUAACUUAUUUUAGUCGUAUAUAUCGUGUGUAGUAAACUUAAAAGAGAAGUGGGGCCCCUUUGAAUUGGGGCACCUUUAAAAUAAGACUUUUUUCGAAGUGAAAAUUUCUAAUAUUACUCAUUAAUUAAUUAAUUAAUUGAUUAAUUAAUUUAAUAAUUCAUUACUCAUUUUUUUAUUUUCUUUUAACCAACUUUUAUAUUUUGAUGCUCAAUUUUAAUUUUUUGCUGACUGUUUUUCGUAAAAUACUGCCCUUUUUUAUUUUUUUACUACACUUUUAUUUGAUGCCAAAAAACGCUGUUUUAAAGGUUCCCCAUUUCAAAGGUGCCCCCCUUCCCUCUAACGAGCAUUGUGUUUUCCACUUAAAAGUGUGUUGAAAAUAGAUUAGCAUUAAGAAACAUUCAAUAAAAUCCUGAGUGAGUCAACAAUUCUUGGAAAUGUUUUCCUAACUAUAAUCAUUUCUUUGAAGAAAUAAUGAAAUCUGUCAUUUCCUUGGAAAACAACUUGCAGUUUUCCUUUGAAAAUUUUAUUACGAAAUAAUAGGAAAAGCUUGACACAUAAAGUCAUUAAUUUUCAUUUAGCAUUGAACAAUUAAUUGGGUAAUUUAUUGCUUGGUUUCUUCCAAAAUUGCGGAGGGAUAUAAUGAGGCGUUCAUUGUAAAAUAAAUAUAAAGGAAUUGUGGCCGUAAAAACGUUCUCUAGAAUUUUAGGUCUAACCAGAAUAAAGAGUCUAUAGAAAAUUAGUCUGCAAAAUAAAUCUUAAUAUCCAUUUUUUUAGCGGUUUAAUUGAGUUUAAAUGUAACAAAAGGAUAACCCAAAGACCGUUUUAGCUAUUUUUUU